AUGCUCAAUGUCAUUCAAAAUAUCAUCUCGCUGCCGAUGUUUUUACAGUUCACCGUUACUGCUAUCAACAUAAAUAUGCCUACCUUUGGCCGCAUUACUAUUCUAUGGGGAUGCACCGUUCUAUCGCUUGUACUUUGUGGUAUAUUUACUCGCGGUGCGUUGGAAAUCUUUCCCAUCUGUUACUGUGGCACGGCAUUUAAACUACUUUUUGACAAGCUGCACGUUGCGAUGUUCUGCAGCAACUGGGUGGUCCAGACACAAAAAUUUCGAAAGCACAUGAUACUCUUCUGUGAGCGUUCGUUGAAGAGUCACACAGUCAUGACCAGUGGUAUUGUACGCAUUCUUCUGGAUACUUUCGUCUCGACCUGUAAGACAGCUUACUCCCUGUUGGCUGUCAUAAUGAAGAUGAAUGAAUAA